AUACGUUUAUAUAAUAAACUCUUACAAAAAUGUCUAUAUAAUAGCAUUCGUCUGCUUCAUCAUCAAUAAAACAUUGAAACCCUUGUCCCUCUCUCUCUCCAUCUCUGUGCAAAUAUCUCUUUCUUGCUUUCGAUGUGAAUCUCCCAAAUAAUAGCAAACUUAAGAGAACAUUUAAGUAUGAGUUGCAAUGGUUGUCGCGUGCUUCGAAAAGGUUGCAGCGAGAGUUGCAUCCUCCGUCCUUGCAUCCAAUGGAUCGAAUCCGCCGAAGCUCAAGGCCAUGCCACCGUAUUCGUCGCUAAGUUUUUCGGCCGUGCCGGUUUAAUGUCAUUCAUCUCCUCCGUACCGGAAUCUCAAAGCCCUGCUUUGUUCCAGUCCUUGCUCUAUGAAGCUUGUGGGAGAACUGUGAACCCAGUAAACGGCGCCGUUGGGUUGUUGUGGACAGGGAACUGGAAUAUCUGUCAAGCCGCGGUUGAGACUGUUCUUCGCGGCGGUUCUUCGAGACCCAUCCCGGAGCUUCUAACACGUGACGCCGGAUUUGGUGGGUUUCCUUCUCCAACUUCCGACGAAGCAUCGGAGAUGUUGAAUGAUUCCGGUGACAGGAGUGCCUACCACCACUGCCGAUUCUCGAGCUCUAGAACCAGGCCUACGACUUCUCCGCCUAAACGGAAACGAUUAGCGUCAGAACAACAACAACGACCAUCGUCGAAGCUAGAUCUCUCUCUACUACCUACUUUCCCGAUCAAAACGACACCGCUUAAGGAGGAAACGGUACGACCCGAAACACCGUCUAUGUACUCAGGGGAAUCCGUUACAACGACGCCGUUUAUGGACAACAUCGCUGGUGAAAGAUUCGUACGCGUAGGAGGAGAAACUACAAAGUUGCUCAACCUUUUCGCUUGAACGGCCUUAACGUAACUUUUUUUUUCUUAAUAUUUUGGUAAAAUGUGACACGCCGGCAAAUUAAAUGAUUUUUCUUUAUAAUUAUGAGAAAUUAACCAACGUAAAGAAUAUA